AAACAUGCAGGAUACCAGCCCUCCAGGACCAGGAUUGGGGACCCCUGCUCUAAUCCAACUGAAUUUUAUUUUAUUUUAUUUUAUUUUGCAGUUCUUGUUGCAAGGAGAAUGCUGGUGCCAACAGAACCAUCGAGCAGAGAUGUUGUGUAUUUUUUUUCCUUUUAUCUUUAUCAAAUAUAUUCAGGCCAUACUUACAUUUUGCAGUUAAAGACUGCCUACCAGCAACUUAGAACUAUCAAUGGUCAGGUCAGGUCAUGUUUCUCCCCUCUGUUCCUUUUCAGUGAGGACAUCGCUGCCAACAGAAGCUCUAAACAGAAAAGGUGCACAUUUUUUUUUCUGCUGUGACUAAAAUCAACUUUUCUGUAUUUUUGCCUUUUAACAACUUUGCUGAACUACUAUUAAAUUUUGUUUUGUCAACGCAUAGACUUAAAUACCACACAAAGUUGUAUUAGGUGUUAAAUGGUUUGGUUUCUUUUGUUUAUUUAUUUAUUUAUUUAUUUGAGAACUUGUAAUUUUCUCAUUUCAGAUCAAGUAACUGGCAACUCUUUUGACAUUUCAAUGAAGGUUCCCAGAAAUACAGAUGAGAUUUGGUUACUAUCUUAAAGGGCCCACUGAUACAUUUAAUUUGUUAAAAUUUAAAGAUUUGCAUUGUAAUAUGUGAUGCUCUUUGUAUAAGGUAUCAACAAGUUACUAAAAAUGAAUGUAAUGGAGGAGGGCAUUAACACAAUCUACUCCAGCUGCUCCAGGUUUUGGCAUCUCAGCAAUCGGAGAUGCAGAUGCAAGAUAAUCUGUGUCACAAACUUGGAGAUGUUUAAUGUCCUCAAAACCAACCUGUAAAGCAUACUCUCAGCAAGCGGAAUGCGUCAGCUUUGAGGAAGUUUGCAGCCGCAAAUGAAACAGCAAGACUUCCAGCUGAAUGGAAGCACGCCCCCGUCCCCAUCUUCAGCUCACUCGUUCCAGCAUGGCUCCAUCAGGAUAACUCUGGAAAACUCUGAGCUCUGGAAGUCUUUUCACAAAAUUGGAACAGAAAUGAUCAUAACAAAGCAUGGAAGGAGAAUGUUCCCACACUGCAGCAUCAGACUAUCUGGGCUCCAGCCGUCUGUGAGUUAUGUCAUCAUGGUGGACGUCAUUCCUGUGGACAGCUUCAAAUACAAGUGGAAGAAGAAGCAGUGGGAGGUUGCAGGAAACUCAGAGCCCCAGCCCCCGUGUCGGACAUACAUACACCCCGACUCCCCCGCUGUUGGGAGCCACUGGAUGAGGCAGUCUUUAAUUUUCCAAAAGAUGAAGCUCACAAACAACACGCUGGAUCAGCAUGGCCACAUCAUCCUUCACUCCAUGCAUCGCUACCUGCCACGGUUUCAUGUGAUUCUUGCAGACAGUCCAUACACCGUACGCUGGAGCCCUUUUCAGACCUUCACCUUCCCAGAAACGGUUUUCACUGCAGUCACUGCUUACCAGAACCCAAAGAUUACCAAGCUAAAGAUUGAUCAUAAUCCAUUUGCUAAGGGAUUUAGAAGGGGAGGCCCCCGUUCCCAACAUGAAAGGCCUUCAAGCAAAACUCCUGUUAAAAGACUGACAAAAGUCAGGAAAACUUUGUGCAGCAGCUCUCCAGACCUGCAGAGGAUGCCCUCCACCUCUCAGGCAGAGGCGAAGCAGACCUCUGUACCACAGACACUGAAAGGGGGUCACCAUGCAGCAUGGGUCCAGGAGCUGGACUCAUCUGAGAGUCUACACACCGAGCUCCUGGAGCUGCAGGAGUGUGACUUCAGCUGUGAGGAACAGAUGGUUCCCUCAUCAACGGCAUGCCAACCAAACAGAUUCCCGUUACCUUCUGGCAUUAAAGAUCCAGCUGACCCCCUCUUCCAUGCUCCGCCUCCCCCACUCGGCCAGCAGCAGGGCUACCACGGCAACGCAGCAGACUGGAGCCAGUACCCUCUUUUCUCUUACUCCUGCUGGUGACCUUUGACCCUGUGUACCCUCAACCAUAUGUCUGUGCCUUUAACAUCCAAAGCAUCAAAGCCAUAAAGUGAUGUUAAAACUUGCUGCUAAAUGUCAUUUGUUUAUCAUCAAACUGAAUAAAGUUCCAAAUGUUCAUGUGGUGGAUUAUGUUUAGUCAAUUUCAUCCAGUAGACUUCCUGCUUGCUUGGAGAUUGGGAUGUUUGUUUCUUUUGCUUUUGUACUCAUUAAAUAAAUCAAACUGAGAUGCACAA